ACUAAGUUGAGACGAUUUGGCAUAGAAUUGACCAACGACUGUAGAACAGAUGCGUCAAUAUUAGCCCAUUCCUGUUCUAUAGCGAAUUUAAGGUAUCGUACAGUCGCAAACUGUCUUCCAUUUUUGAAAACGCGAGCCGACAGAAUGCCCCAAAGAUUCUCGAUGGGAUUAAGGUCCGGACUCAAUGGGGCCCACUUCAAUACAGAAAUUUUUCUUUCUUCAAAAAAGUCUUUGGUGUCCUGCGCCGCGGGAUUGAAGCAUUGUCUUGCUGAUAAGUCCAAUUAUCGCCAUAAAGAUUUCCAGCGAAGCUUACCUAAACACCUAAACUAAUUUUUUUUCGUCGCUAAAGAUGAUGUUGUGCCAUUCCUUAUCCCAGAAUCGGUAUCUAUUGGCAAAUUCUAAACGAGCCUUAAUAUGCCGCUCCAGAAGCUUUGGUUUAGGGACCAUUGAGAUCCAAUUGAGCCCUUAUUUGACCGCUGCUCAUCGAAUCCUCGACUGCAAGACGUCGAAUCUGCCGUUUACAUCGUUCGUCAAUGUUGGUCUUGCGUCCGCUACGUCGAGUAGCACCAUAUUUCGAUGGGUUUUUCAGGAACCUACUUAUGCAGUUUCUAUGCCUGUUAAGUCUGGUUGCUAUCUCAGAGAUCUUGGAGCCGCUUUCAUGCAUGCCGAGGAUAAUUCCCUGCUCGUAAUCGGACAAACUUGUACCACGAGGCAUUUUAGCCUGACAACAAUAUAUAUUAUGUACUAAUUAA